UUUUCAAAACUUCGUCUUCGUAAAAACGUCCCCCACUUUCAAACCGAUGUUUAUCUGCAUCUGAAUCUUUCUGUGGGACAGGAAAAUCAAAUCUAUCCACAUCGAGCGCGCUAGGACUGGGUUCUGGUGACGUCGAACUGCCCAUCUCAAACUUGGGUCGGGAUGCGAAGUCAGCAAAAGCACGAGCACGACCACAGGCCGCUGCGAAAUUACUCGUUUCUGCGAAAUUGAAGAAAUAGAAAAAGAAUAUGAACAAAUAUAGUUUAUCAGUGCAGACUAUUAAAGGAUCGCUCUCCCCACAUUAAUGCCUCAUUCGCACAGUGUUGUUAAUCGUAUUGGCGUUGUUACAAAAUUUAGCCGGACCGGUCCAAAAUGGUUUUUAGUUUAAUUAGCGAGGACGUCAAACCGGUUUGACUAUUUUUUCAACGACGAAAUAUAAACUUUUACGCCCACACAAAAUAUAUCAACACACUAAACUUUUAAUAGAGCGUUUGCACUCACUCCCCAGGGACCAACUCAACAAAAGCCAUGGCGCCCAUGUUGGUAAUCCAGACAAAAGAGUCUAAUUAAAAAUUAUUUCGAAUUGGAACACCAACAUGGCGGUUGUGACGUCAUUUUCAAACGCUCUACAUACACCCACACAAAAUAUACAGAUGACAAGAUGUGAUAUUGACAAUAAUCGUUACAGAUGACGAGAUGUGAUAUUGACAAUAAUGACAAGUUAAGAAAAACACAAUCGGUGAUUGGUUGUUUCACGCCGAGGACCACUUCUUUCUAAUUCGCACAAGUAACUAAAAGAAACGAGACAGAGUUUUCAGACAGGAGUAUAAUUCAACAAUUUUGGGUCAUUUUGUCCUGGAAACAAACGUCUUCGUCUAAUACAAGGUAAAAUAUUACUUUUAUAUAUAGAAAUAAAUAUCUCUGAUCAAAUUUAAGAGUCUCCUACUGCUUUAAUACCACUGGCACUACGUUUUUCAAUAAAACUGCGGUAUUAUAGAAGACCCUCACUCAGAUAAAGAAAUGCAUUGUAUAUGUUUCAAAUAAUGUAACACGUCCUCUUAGCUGUGUUAUACAACUAACAAAUAAUAAUAUCAAUAAUUCCCAAUGCAUAUUUUAGAUUAUAACUUUGUUAUUCUUAUUUCAUUGCGGUUAUACCCAGGGUAGGAUGCAACUACCUGAAAAAUACAAAGCGAAAUUCGACGUUUUGAGCGAAGGCCCUUUGUCGGAUAGUUGCAUCCUUACCAACGAAAGCGUGUUAUCAUUCGCACUACCUACACUGGCACAGCAAUUCAAGAUUAUGUGGUGUAUAAUUACACUGACCUGAAAGGUCAAGUGUCUUAAAUCCCCCUCCCUCUGUUUUUUUCGUCGAGAAAUGGAGUUUGCGUUAGCGCAUCGCAGGCUCAAGGUGCAACGAUUAAGCCAAAAUGCCAUCGGUUCAAAUGCCAUCGAUUCCUCGACUGCUUGAUUUACUUUUCAUCGUAAUAAGCUCGUAUCUAUGUAUUCGUAUACAGGGAAUAUACAAUUGUAUACUGCGAAGUUAUUAUUUUAACACCACAUGCAUAUAUGUACAUGCACGGUACUUCACGGAAACCUCGAAAUCUAUUUUCAUACCAGAGAAUGAUGGUAUACAAGUAUACCAACGCGUAUAGAUGUCAUCGGUGUAUACAUGCAUAUAUAAUUGGUACCUCGAUUAUAUUAGUACUAGGAUUAUUACUAACCUAAGUUAAUAUGGCAUAAGGCAUAAACUUUUACAGGGAUAUACUUAAAAGAAUGGGGGGAAAACGACAUCAUUAUGUUUUGUUUGACGCACGAAUGAAAAGUUUAACUUACGAAGCUAAGUAAAUUAUCGACUUUGUCGGAUAGUUGCAUCCUUACGCACAACUGGACCAGCAAUAUGUUUAUGUGGUGUCUAAUUACACUGACCUGAAAGGUCAAGUGUCUUAAAUCCCCCUCGUUUUUUUUCGUCGAGAAAUGGAGUUUGCGUUAGCGCAUCGCAGGCUCAAGGUUAGCCUGUGCCCUAAAAAGUACGGCCUGAUACUCAGGUUAGCUCAAGGUGCAACGAUUAAGCCAAAAUGCCAUCGGUUCAAAUGCCAUCGAUUCCUCGACUGCUUGAUUUACUUUUCAUCGUAAUAAGCUCGUAUCUAUGUAUUCGUAUACAGGGAAUGUACAAUUGUAUACUGUGAAGUUAUUAUUUUAACACCACAUGCAUAUAUGUACAUGCACGGUACUUCACGGAAACCUCGAAAUCUAUUUUCAUACCAGAGAAUGAUGGUAUACAAGUAUACCAACGCGUAUAGAUGUCAUCGGUGUAUACAUGCAUAUAUAAUUGGUACCUCGAUUAUAUUAGUACCAGGAUUAUUACUAACCUAAGUUAAUAUGGCAUAAGGCAUAAACUUUUACAGGGAUAUACUUAAAAGAAUGGGGGAAAAACGACAUCAUUAUGUUUUGUUUGACGCACGAAUGAAAAGUUUAACUUACGAAGCUAAGUAAAUUAUCGAAGUUGUUUUGUCUAAGUGCCCACGCUGGCAGUACGGCCCGUGUGCACGGCAUGCUGAUGCUGCCAUGCUGACGGUCAGCAUGCAGUGCACACGUUCUGCGGGUAAGGAUAAAACGCGGAUACGGACGGACGGACGGAUGGCGGACGGACGGACGGACGGACGGAUGGCGGACGGACGGACGGGGGGGACAAGCGGAUGGACGGGGGGGGGAUCAAAUCCGCGUUUUUUAGGAAAUGUUAUAAGACUAUUAUUAAUCGUAAUAAAUUGUCGAAAAAAUGAUAAAAUAUUAAAUUGUGGAAAUGCGGGGUUUUUCGAACCUUUGUAACGCUGAAAAUUCUAAUUAAAUACGUUAGACAUCUGCUUAAACUCGGGUCCAAUUUCAUUUGCGCAAAUAUCGCGUAAUCGAGUGAGUAUUUGAACGCGAUAAAACAACUCGUACGAAGAAAUAUUAAUACAUAAGGUUUACUAACGUACUUGCCAAUGUCGUAUUUUAACAAAAGUCCAACUGUUUCGUCGGAUGUAAUCGAGGCGCAUUCUUUCUCAAUCUGAUUAAAUUAUAAAUGUAUACAAUACUAAAGUUGAGAGAAAUACUCAUUACUGUGACAGCACGAUUCCGAUAUAGACCCGCUUUGCCGAUAUCAAAUGUCCAAUUAAUUAAUAUAUAUGAUUUGGUAUUAAACUCACAAACAAUUAGUUUCCAACUCAAUCUCGUUCCCCGAGCCUGCGAUCCUCGGGAAGGAAUCGAAGGCUCUGGGAUAAUCCGUUACCGGAAGCCAAGAAUCCUGGCUAAGAUUGAACUACGCAUUCCAUUUCAAUGGCCAAUCAGAUUCCUCCCUGAAACGGAUUAUCCCAGAGCCUCGCGUUCCUUCCCGAGGAUCGCAGGCUCGGGGAACGAGAUUGUUUCCAACUAUAUACGAAACCAGUAGUUUACAGGCUGUUUACAAACGCUAGGUUACAUUAGUUUUUAUCUGUACUUCCGCUUAAAAAGGUCAAUUUUAAAACAGGGAUUGUCUACAUCAGCGACAUGCAUAUAAUCCCCAAAUGCCGAGUCUUAUUAAGAUGAAUUCUUAUGAAAAUUGCAAAGCACAAAGCUUGCGAAGUACAGGACAAUGUGACAAUGUCCACUUUGUAUAUUUGCGCACGGCUAUUUAAGGUAAUACGAUAUAGCUUUUGUCAGCAUAGACUUUGACAUGAAACUUCCUUUCGAUCUUUAACUGCCACAGCACGGUUGUGUUUGUGAGGCAAGCGAAGCCAAGUGUCUUUUUUUGGCAGUUUGGGGAAAACAAGCCAACCUACUUGCGAAACUGUUGAUACGUCAGGAUUGCCCAACUAUUCGUAUAGUUCUUUACUUGAAAAAGACGAAAUUGGGGAAGGUGGUUUCGCGGUUGUUUUUACCGCGAAGCUGCCGGACAAUGGAGCUAAGAUUGUUGUGAAGAAGCUAUUAGCGUCUGACAAUGAAGCUAGGAAGUCGCUGGUUAAAGAAGCACGACUACUUAGCAAGUUGCAACACCCGAAUGUUGUCAGGUUUGAAGGAGUUUGUCUGGACAAGUACGCUGUGUUGCUUGAAUAUGUGUAUUUUGAUUUUACGCCAAUCGGAAACGACGGCAUCACUGUGCAUAGCUUAGCCAAUUUCUUGGCAGUUUGCGAACAAUCAGAUUGCCAUGGCAUGCGCAUGCAUUGCUCGAUAUUUAUUCAUUCUUCCUUGGACGUCGCGUUGGGUUUGAAGUAUCUGCACGAGAAAGGGAUUGCCCACCGUGACCUAAAACCUGAGAAUAUAUUGGUGUCUAACCACCAUUACAAUCGUCUCACAGAUACACGAGCAGUCGAAUGCAUGGCUUCCAUUAAGCCACUCAUAUGUAAGCUGACGGACUUUGGUGAAAGUCGAUCAAAAGACAUCCACACCGAGCAAAUCCUAAAAUCGAAGACCGCACGG